UUCCGGAAAAGUGAAGCCCUACUGUCACAGCCGCUACCACCUAGUACUGGGCCUUGCAUGAGAGGAAAGACCGUUAUCAAGUUGUUUGCAAGUGAGGAGGGAGGCAAAACGAGUUUUUAAGAAUGUUAUCGCCGUUAGGGUGAGGAGAAAGAGGAAGAGAGAGAGAAAACUGUCAUUUACUGCAACACCUAGAUGGAUGUGAAAAAGGAGGAAUGUGAAGCUGACACGAAUGUCAUGGAGAAACGGACCACACAUGUUAAGGAGGAGGACUGUGAAUGGCAGUGUGUCCAGCCUAAACAGGCGAGUCUGGGCAUUAAGGUUGUGAAAUGUGAACUGGGGUCAGUGGGCAUUAAAGAAGAGGCUGAAGAGAAGUCCGUCAGCAUCGAGGUACAUAAAUAUAAAAGGACUGAGAGUGUCAAGGAAGACAAACAAGAUCAAGUAGUGACCGAGUUGGUCUCUUUUCAAAGCAGACACCAUCCAUCACCAGAGUCUUCUAUUAUUGUGAAGUCUGAAUCAUUAGAGUCUGAUGCAAAGAGAACUGAAGAAGUGUCAUCUUUUAGAAAUCGGGAAGGAGAUGAACAUCAGUGCUGUUCUCAGUGUGGCAAACAGUUCACAUCCAAGGGAUAUCUUCGAAUACACAAAAGAAUUCACACAGGAAAGAAUUCUUAUUGCUGUUCUGAAUGUGGCAAACAGUUUUUAAAAAGGAGUUUACUUCAGAGACACCAAAGAAUUCACACAGGAGAGAAACCUUAUUGCUGUUCUGAAUGUGGCAAGCACUUUUCACAAAAAUGGGAUCUUCAGAUCCACCAAAGAAUUCACACGGGGGAAAAGCCUUAUUGCUGUUCUGUAUGUGGCAAGCGGUUUUUGCAGAGGAGCAGUCUUCAUAACCACAAAAAAAUUCACACGGGAGAAAAGCCUUAUUGCUGUUCUGAGUGUGACAAGCGGUUUUCAGGAAAGAGCCGUCUUCAGAGCCACCAACGAAUUCACACUGGAGAGAAGCCUUAUUGCUGUUCUGUAUGUGGUAAGCAAUUUUCACAAAAGAGCCAUCUUCCGAUCCACCAAAGAAUUCACACAGGAGAGAAGCCUUAUUGUUGUUCCGUAUGUGGCAAGUGCUUUUCGCAAGGCAGCAAUCUUUCAACCCACCAAAGAAUUCAUACUUGAGAGAAGUUGUAUUGCUUUUCUGAAUGUGGCAAGUGCUUUUCGCAAAGGAGUCAACUUCAGAGUCACAAAUGAAUUAGCAGUGGCCUCACCACAGUAGAACAGACCAGACUGCACAGUGAGUGAGAAAAUAAGAAGACACAGUGAAGAUAAAGUUGAGACCACAUACUGCUAAGUUCUACAAAAUUACUCAUGAGUUCUCAACUUAAGUGUAUCCUGGGACAGCUUGUGCAAACCUGCUGUUCAGAAAUGUAAUCUUGAUUUCCAAAUUAGAUAACGGAGCUGAUGCAAUUUAGGAUACUUAACUGGAAUAAUUAAAAAAGAAAACAAAAUAGUGUAGAGAAAUUAGCUGGCCUCCAAAGAACAGCAGAGAAUAAAUAGUACAGGAAGGGAAGCCAACAUUCAUGUCAAAUGAAAGCAUAAGUAGAGAAUUGCAUGAAAAGGAUAUUUAUAUAUUGGAAAAUCUGAAAUUAACACCUACAUAUGAACAGAGACAACCAGAAAAAUAUUAGCCACAAGUGGAAUGUCCUCAAAAGCAAGAGAUUCUCAAACUGUGAAAUGCUAGUAGUAAAUUGAGAAGGAGGAGUUGAAAAAGAAAGGGAAGGAGGUACAGCAGAUUGAAUGUGAAAUCAAAAGUUUACGCUUAAAAGAAAUUGCCAAAAACCACAAGAGAAGAUCACCCCAGUGAAUAAAGAAGAGGGGCAGAGAGAGUUACAAACAACGAUAGGAAUAAACAGCAUGUAGUCGCACAGAGAGAAAGAAAGUAGACCAAAACAUAACAGGUCACUUCACUGGGAGAAAUGACAAUCAUGAGAGGACAAAGUCAUUUAGGAAAUUUAAAGAAGAACUUGUGGACUCAACAGAUUGGUGUACAGAAAUUGAUGAUGAGACAAGUGAUCAAGAAUAACAAAUCAUCGUAAUGGACAGAGGUGGAAAUCAGCAGAGGCCCCUCACGCCUCUCAAUUCAACACUAAACUGAUUUUCACAUGCCAGAUCAACAUGUAUUGUGAUGGUCUUAUGUAGUGCAAUUUUUUUUUUUUUUUUACAUGAGAAUUUCUCUCCAAUUUGACAUUUUCAAGUCAUGAUGAGAAAUGCAACUAAAUAUAUACUUUACAUUAGAGUUUUUAUUGAGUCAAAAAGUAAAUUUAAUAAACAUUUCCAUAUCAAUAGUAAUGUAAGGAAUCAAGAAUUUUUUGACACUGGCAGUGCCAUAUCAUUAGAACAAUGUAGAUGAGGAAAGGCCAUUCAGCCCAACAAAGCUCGUCAGUCCUAUUCACAUCAAGUCGAGUUUUGAAAGUCCUUAAAGUCUUGCUGUCUACCACACUACUUGAUAACUUAUUCCAAGUGCCUAUUGUUCUUUGUGUAAAGAAAAACUUCCUAAUGUUUGUGCAAAAUUUACCCUUACCAGGUUU